AUGCCGAUUGACAUUAACCGCCUGCGUCCUGAGCGUGGCGGUGACCCAGAACUCGUACGCAGUGACCAGAAAAAUCGUUUUUUGGAUGUGGAUAUUGUAAAUAAAGUAAUUGAACUGGAUGAACAGUGGCGCAAGAAGCAGGGAGAGGCUGAAACCAUCAGUAUGAAGAUGAAUGCAUUGCAGCAGGAGAUUAAAAAGCUUAGUAAGGCCAAAGAGGACUUUAAAGCACUUAGCGAUGAGCGCAAGGAGCUGGCAUCAUUGCUUCCAGAAAAGAAGAAGGAGGCUGAUGCGAUUAAAGAGCUUGUGGACCGAGAACUGCCGAAGAUCGGCAACGUAGUGGACCCCACAGUGCCCAUUUCAAAUAACGAAGAUGAUAACGUUGUCGUUAAAAUGUGGGGCACUCCUAUCCAGAAGGAAGGUCUUCACUUUCAUCACGAGGUGCUACACCGUAUCGACGGUUACGAGCCUGAGCGUGGUGUGCAAGUGGCUGGCCACCGCGCCUAUUUCCUUACGGGCUACGGCUUCUUGCUGGAACAGGCGCUUAUGGCCUAUGCCACAGCUUUUCUCAUGAAAGCUCAGUACAAGAUGCUCAAACCUCCUUUCUUCAUGAACAAGGAGGGUAUGGCUGCCGUUGCACAGCUCGAUGAUUUUAAUGAGCAGCUAUAUAAAGUUAUCGGGGAGGACGAGAAGUAUCUAAUCGCUACGUCUGAGCAGCCCAUUUGUGCUUACCACAAGGGUGAGUGGAUCACGGAGAGCUCAAUGCCGUUGCGUUACGGUGGAUUUUCCACUUGCUUCCGCAAGGAAGCCGGCUCACACGGCAAGGACACGUGGGGCAUUUUUCGUGUCCACCAGUUUGACAAGAUGGAGCAGUUCUGCAUCACAGAUCCGGAAAGCUCUGCUGCCAUGCACGAGGAGAUGAUUCGUCAUGCUGAGGAAUUCUACCAGUCACUCAACUUGCCAUACCGCGUAGUAAACAUCGUGUCGGGUGAGCUUAAUAAUGCUGCCGUGAAGAAGUACGAUCUUGAAGCAUGGUUUCCUGCUUACAAGGAGUACCGUGAACUGGUAUCUGCUUCCAACUGCACAGACUUUCAGUCGCGUGCCAUGGAGAUUCGUUGCGGCGUCAAGAAGGAGAACCAGCGUGAGAAAAAGUACGUGCACAUGCUUAACUCAACGCUCUGCGCGUCCACCCGUACGGUUUGCUGCAUCUUAGAGAAUUACCAGGAUGAGAAUGGUGUUACGGUUCCAGAGGUGCUGGUGCCAUUUAUGGGUGGCGUCACCUACCUGCCUUUCACCCGCGACGUUAAGGUGAACGUGCAGGCCGUUAAGAUGCAGAAAGCUGCCAAGAAGAAAUGUGCCAAGCAGUAG